CGGCCGGGUGGCUCGUGCGAUGGCGGCGGAGGAGGCGGCGGCGGCGGCGGCGAGAGGUAAAGUGUUGAUCCAAGAGAAUCAGUGUGUUGCUUCCAUGGUUUCCGGUCAUCUGAGCCCGUGGACAAAACCAACAGCUGUCGGAACCUUCAACCCACAUGUGACCGAGUUUCCAAGAAAACGAAAAGGAAGUGAUUCAGACCCAUCCCAAAUGGAAGAUGAUGAACAACAAGUAGAAAUGAAGUCCUUCAGAGAAGCUCAUAGCCAGACCGAAAAGCGGAGGAGAGAGAAAAUGAACCACCUGAUUGAAAAACUGUCUGCCAUGAUCCCUCAGUGCAACCCCAUGACACGGAAACUGGACAAACUUACAGUUUUAAGAAUGGCUGUGCAGCACUUGAGAUCUUUAAAAGGUAUGGCAAAUUCGUAUGCAGGAAGUAAUCGUAGACCUUCAUUCAUUCAGGAUAAUGAGCUUAGACACUUAAUUCUUAAGACUGCAGAAGGCUUCCUAUUUGUGGUUGGAUGUGAAAGAGGAAAAAUUCUCUUCGUUUCUAAAUCAGUCUCCAAAACACUUAAUUAUGAUCAGGCUGAUUUGACUGGACAAAGCUUAUUUGACUUCUUACAUCCAAAAGAUGUUGCCAAAGUAAAGGAACAACUUUCUUCCUCUGAUAUUUCACCAAGAGAGAUGCUAAUCGAUGCCAAAACUGGUUUGCAGGUUCACAGUAAUUUCCAUACUGCAAGGAGUCGUGUGUAUUCGGGCUCAAGACGAUCGUUUUUCUGUCGAAUCAAGAGUUGUAAAAUCUCUGUCAAAGAAGAGCAUGACUGCUUACCCAACUCAAAGAAGAAAGAUCAUAGAAAAUUCUAUACCAUCCACUGCACUGGCUAUUUGAGAAGUUGGCCUCCAAAUAUUGCUGGGAUGGAAGAAGAAAGGGAAAAUAAGAAAGACAGGAGCAACUCUACCUGCCUCGUUGCCCUUGGCAGGUUACGUCCAUGUAUUGUCCCACAGAACAGUGGGGAGAUUAAAGUGAAACCAACUGAAUUUAUAACCCGUUUUGCAAUGAAUGGAAAGUUUGUCUAUGUGGACCAAAGGGCAACAGCAAUUUUAGGAUACCUGCCUCAGGAGCUUUUGGGAACUUCUUGUUACGAAUAUUUUCAUCAAGAUGACCAUAGUAAUUUGACUGACAAGCACAAAGCAGUUCUACAGAGUAAAGAGAAAAUAUUUACAGAUUCAUACAAAUUCAGAGCGAAAGAUGGCUCUUUCGUAACUUUAAAAAGCCAGUGGUUUAGUUUCACAAAUCCUUGGACCAAAGAACUGGAAUAUAUUGUGUCUGUCAACACUUUAGUUUUGGAACACGGUGAGACUGGAGAAGCAUCAUUGCAUCUUUGCAGCUCUCAGUCAUCAGAAGGGUCCUCUAGGCAGUCUUGUAGUAGCGUGCCCAGCAUGUCUACUGGGACAGUCCUUGGUGCUGGUGGUAUUGGAACAGACAUUGCAAAUGAACUCCUGGGCGUACAAAGGUUACAGUCUUCGUCAUCCCUUGAUGAUUCAAGUCCAACAGAUUUAUUGAAAGAGACUCACACUACAGACAGCAAGAAUAUGUCAAGUAAGGAGCUGAUUACACUAAGUCCUUCUGAAAUAGGGGAGCUAGAGGCCGCAAAGCAAAACCAGAGUGCUGUUGCUACCCACAGUCAGGAACCACUCCUUGGAGAAGGUGCCCCACUGGAUUUUGAUGCCCUCUGUGACCAUGACGAUACAGCCAUGGCUGCCUUCAUGAAUUACUUGGAAGCAGAGGGGGGCCUGGGCGACCCUGGGGACUUCAGUGACAUCCACUGGACACUCUAGCACUUGAUUUAACUCUAAAAAUGAGAAACAUUUUAAAGCAUUUCAUUUACAAAAGACUGUAUAUUCUUCCGUACUGUAUUGAUACUGUUUUCAUCUCUUAUUCCUAUUCAUGGUCUACCAUUUUUAUAGCUUUGCACCUGUCUUUCCCAGGGGUCUGGGGAAAUGUGAUGUUUCCCUUCAAAUUCUCAGAAUUUUCUAUAAACCACCCUACUCAUUGAAGUGGCUUAAAACCCACUAGUGGCUAUAUUUUUGCUAAAAUAUUUCUAACCAAGAAUAUCACAUGUAUCUCGUUUUGGCAUUUCUUUAUUUUUUUUUUUGAGCAGUUGUUUAGAGUUGGGGGAAUUUAAUGGACUGACAAUUUCCUUGUGUCUAAGAUUCAUUUAUAAUUUACUUAUAAGAGAAGAUUGUGUAAUUUGGAACACUUCCAUUCCUUGUAUAUUUCCUUAAUUGAGGCUUAUGCUUAUCCGCCUUCAGGAAAUGGUAAGUACUUGAAUAUUUAAAGGGACAGUGCAGUGUGUAGUGGAAAUGACAAAAAGUACUGUGCUCAGUCUUUGCAGACUUGGGCAAACACAGAGCCAGGAUAGUUAUGCUCAGUUGAGCACUCUGAGAUGGAUUUUAAGUGAGAUGAUUUCUUAUCUAAAAACAAAACAAAACAAAUCAAAAAAAGGCUGAGAGAGUUUCAACUUUGCUUACAGAAAAGGACAGAUCUUGGGCCCUAGAUCUUGGUGAUUAACCUUUGUAUAUAAAAUAUACUCUUAAUAUAGCCACUCAAGAUUUUUAUCAGAGACAAACAGGUUUUUGAUGCUGAAAAUGGAUUAAUCGUAGAGGAGGAAACAGGUCCAGGCAGCUUUAAAUGCCUUGUGCAACGUCACAAUUAAGUUCAUAUGUCUUUGAAUGUUUAAUGUGCAUAACCCAGUUUCUUACUGCACAUUUGGGAAAGCAGUAGUCUCACUGGUUAAAUGAUUAGUUAACUGGCCUAGAAACUAGUUGUUGGCUCUCUAUAUUAUUAGGCAAUUACAUUUACCAUUUAUAUAAUUCCCUUUGGUUACAGGCAGUAGUAAGUACAUUGUUAAAAACCAUGAGGCAGUGAGAAAGAAUUUAAAAGCCGAUUUUCUAGCUGUAAUUAAAAAUAGAGAGCACUUUUUAAACCAGUAAUUAAUCCAGAGGUGGCUCACAUUGAGUGUAAGAAUUAAGAACAUUUAAAAUGCUGUAUGUAUAUCUACCCUCUUGAAGAUCAUACUUCCAUGAUGCCUGUGUUUUUAUGGCUCUUCCUUGUUGACCAAGUGUGUUCCCAUAUAUUCAGUUUUGUGCCCCACCAGUAAAAAUAAGUGGGAAAAGUCUGAGGCUCGGAUGCAGGGAUCAAACCCAGUUUUCCUUUUCUGUAUGUGCCUUCCCAGCAGAUUUCCCUCAGAGCCCGUCACCAAAACAGAGCAUGCUUUCAACCUUGCACACUUCCUAAGUAUAAGUAAUAGAUUAGACCGUUCCGAUGGGUUGAUGGCAAACACAAUAACAGGCAACAACCAAAAGCAAACAUCCCUUCACGCGUGACAAUCGCAGUGGCCAUGUGGGCAAGGGUGUCCUGGCCUGCUGUCUUGAGCUGACAGAAUGUUCCAGCAACAUCAGAGGGGCAGCACCACUCCUGGUUCUGACAGUCACUUGAGGACUUGAGAGACACCCAGGUUUAGAAUAAACCAAAGGAACCCCACAAAAUGGGGGAGGUUGAUCUGUGGCAGCCUGAGUAUGAUGGUUAAGUCUGAUGAAGCUUAAAUGAUCACAUUUGUUCUCUUAAGUCAGGCAGGGGCGUCUGCCUACAAAUGUAACAUGUUAGGGGUCUGAACCAUUGCUGGCUGGACUUGUCCUUCAGAGUUGGCCUCAGACAGUGGUAGCAGGAUAGGUCACUGUGGCCACAUGACCUCCAAAGCAGGUGGGGCAAACCCUCAUGACGCAAGGGUCUGAGAGGCAGAGUUUCUGGAAUCUGGCCAUUGCAGUUUGCUUAGUAGCAACUCUCUCUUUGCAAGAGGAGGGGUUAUUGCAUAGACCUGUGGGUGGAAAGCCAGUUGAAUGCUUUGAUCCUUUGGUAGCCCACUCUGAUAUUUAUCUCCAUGCCCUGGACCCAGAAUCCAAUCCAUACAUGGUAUGAUACUGUAGCUCUAAGUUUAGUGCUUUCUUCAAAAAUGCAUUCUAUUUACAUAUGAUUGCUAUCAGGAGUGACAUAUUUUCAUGGUUUACACUCUAUUCCUUUUUUCCCUACCAAUUAAUUUCUUGCACUCUGAUGAAAAAUAUCUGCAAAUUUAAUGAAACUAUCAUAAAAAGAAUACUCUCUUUUUUUGUUUUUAAUUCUAAGAAUUACCUGCAGUCAUGUAGUGGAGUGGGAGGAGUGCCUGGUAUCAGGAAGAAUGCCCGCUCAACCUACAUUUAGCUGUGUGACCCCAAGCAAGCCGUUUAAAGUCUCUGUACCUCAGUUUCCUUAUCUGUAAAAAGAAGUUUCAUCUCAGUUUACUUCUGGUUCCGAUUAUGGGGUUCUAAUCCACAGGACUCGAGCGUUAGUCAGAACAGCUAGAAAUGUGCUGUUCAUAUGAUAGCCACUGGCCACGUGUGGCAACCGAGCCCUUGAAACUUGGCUGAUACAUAUUGAGGUGUGCUGUGAAUGUAAAAUACAUACCAGAUUUCAAAGACUUCAUAUAGAAAAAAGGAAUUCAAAACCUCACAUUAAUAAUCUGUAUGGAUGACACGUUCAAAUAGUAUUUUGGAUAUCCUGAAUUAAACAUUAAAGUUAAUUUUAUUUUUUCACUCUUCUAAUGUGGCUACCAGAAAGUUUUAAGUUACACAUGUGGCACACAUUACAUUUCUGUUCUACUGCCCAGCUCUUGAACAUUUUAUUACGUGGACAUUAUUUAAGUAGACCAAACAUUAUACCAUAAGUAUGAUAUAUACCUUUAAAUAUUAUGGUUUAAAGGACAUUUAUUGACCCUUGAUUCAGAUAACAAUUAACUUCUAUCAAUGGAUCAAAUUUAAAACUUUUUUGAAAUUAGUAAACUUGAAAGUGUUAGAUAUUUUAUUAGCCUGAAGUCAAAUAAAACUUGAGGUAUAUGUUGACACAUUAUUGUAGUCACUAAAUUUGGAAAUCUGUUGAUAAACAGGGAGAUACAGAGCAGACUUGUGGUAAAUACAUGGAAUUAAAAGGAUGUGUCUGAUUACAGUGUCACAACAGGAAAAGGCUGUCUUCACUGGUUGUCAUAAUCUUUGAGGAAUCUCUGUGGAGUCUAGGGCACAGGUGUAUGAAACAGGCAUUCUCUAGGUCUUGGACCACGUUUAGAGGGUCCAUUUCAGAUCUUGCUCUAAAGAGGAAUCUACCCCUCAAGUAGGUCACUGUUGGGCUCUGGAAUUAGAGACUCAGAUUUGCCAAGCACAGUAUUGUGGGCACAAGUUGGGCUGACAUCUAGAAUUAUCAGAAGCCAUAAAGAAAACCUGCUGGUAGCCGCUAGGUGUCACUGUCCCAUUCUUAUGGGGCUUUGUUUGCAUUAGAUUAAUUUUUCCAAGUUCCAUGGGGCCUAGGAGAGGCAUUUAUGACUUUUGUGCCUAUAAGUCUGCCUCUGUUUCGUAAGAAAUGCUUUUUAAGAAAAAUCUUAGCGGAUCCUUUCCACAUAAAAUCAGAAUUCUGAACUGGAGACAUUUCAACUUGUGGCUCCAAUAAAAACUGUCUUUAGAAAGAAAACCCAUCCAACCUGGAAGAUGCUUUCUGAGCUCAUCUGAGACAUUAUGGUGUAUGUGUCAUUGCUCACACUAUCCUGAGUUUAGAUCUGUCUUUUAUACAAUUUUUAGCUCUUUUCCAUUUCACUUGCUCUUGCCUGUAUGUGGGUAUUUUUUAAAUUUUGUGGUAAAUAAAAAGAGUGAAAUUAAACUAUAUUUUAUAAUAAUA